AUGCAUAUUUUUUUUAAAUGUUUUUCUUUUUUUUUAUACUUUUUUCUAUUAGUACAUGUGGAUAUAUAUAAAUCUUAUAAAAUUCAAAAAUUAGAUAAAAAUUAUUUUCAAAAUGUAAAUAAAUAUAAUAAAUAUUUUAUUUUUAAUAAAAAUGGGAAGUAUAAGAAAUUGAAAAUUUUCAAAAAAUAUAAAUUACAUGGAUCAUUAAAUGACUAUAUUUAUAAAUUGUUAAUAAAAAAAUUUAAGAAACAAAAAGAGAAAAAAGAUGUAAACAUAUAUAAAACAUUACAAUCAGCUAAAAGAUCAUAUAAUAUUGAUUUUUUAUUUUCUUGUAAUUACCAAAUAAAUGAAAUAAAACAAAAAUUAGCAGAAUAUUCGUAUGAACUAAAGUUAAUUGAUGCAGAAAACAUAAAAAUAAUGUAUCUAGGAAAAAAAAAAUUAGUUAGACCAAUUAAAAAACAACUAGAAGGAUAUUAUAUUUUAUUUUCUUUUGAAAUUUAUCCUUCUUUGAUUAAAGACAUAUCAGAAAAAUUAAAACUUCAAACACAUGUACUAAGAUUUUUAAUAACAAAGAACGAAAAAGAAUCUAGAAGCAUUGAAUUCAAAGAAGAUGAUUCAAUAAGAGAAUCUCUUUUAAAAACAGAACAAAUGUUUUUUAAAAAAGUAUUUUAA